UGUACCAAAACCAGAUGCUAUAACUUCAUCUGUUCCUUUCCAUCUCGUUUUUGUUUUUCCUGAAAUUAGCGUUCCAAUAUCUCUCUCAAUCUCUAACCUUAAAAAGUUUCUUCUUCUGAAAAAGAAAUGAGAGAUAUUGGUAGUGAAUUGAGCUCAGCUUCAUCACCUACUGCCAAAAGAUGUCGAGAUCCAGAAGACGAAGUUUAUCUCGACAAUUUUCACUCUCAAAAACGCUACUUAAGCGAGAUAAUGGCAUCUAGUUUGAAUGGAUUAACAGUUGAAGACUCACUUACUCAAAAUGUCAUGGUAUCUCCAGCUCGAUCCGAUACUAUGUGUUGUUACCCCAGGGAUGAGAUCUCCUUGCAAUACUCACCAAUGUCUGAAGACUCGGAUGAUGGUCGCUGCAGUGAAGCCCCGCCCAACACUUCCAUGAUCCAACCAGACAGCCUUCCUACCAGUCCAGUGUCUCCUCAUAGGCAUCAGAGAUCCUUUUCUUGCUACGCUUCCUCAAGCCCCUCUAGUUCACAUCCUUUACUUGGCUGCAACCUUUCUAGCGUAGCUAGCUCUCAACCACGUCAACGUGGUUCUGACUCUGAGGGUCGAUUCCCAUCAUCACCCAGUGAUAUUUGCCAUUCAGCUGAUUUGAGAAGAGCUGCACUCUUACGAUCCGUGCAUUUGAGAUCGCAUCCAGUGGUUCCACCGUCUUAUGAUUCGUCAUUCAUCACAGGACAAGAAGAACCUAUGCAGAAUAUAGAAGCUGGUGAACGCACAUGUUCUUGUUUAAAAUCUUUCGAUGGUAUAUGUGACUGUCAGAAUCAUGAACAGUUUUCGAACUUAAAUUUGUUUGUCGAGGAGUGUUCCUCUGCGGGGAUGUCAGAGUCUAGGCGUGGCCGAGAGAGAUCGUGUAGGGUGUUGGAUAUGAAUGUGAAAGAGGAACCUGGUGGUGGUGAAAUUACCAAACAAAAUGGAUUAGGAAGAAGUGGAUCAGCUCCAGUAAGAAGAUCCAUGUUAAGUGGGAAAAAAAACUGACUAAGAGGGCCCCUCAGCUAGAGACUUUGGUUUGUUAUCCAGAGCGGUAUACUAUGUUUAUUGUAUAUACUAGGUCUCAACCCGUGCCGUAACUACACAGGCAAGGAUAUGUGUUUUAAAUGUAUCCAUCGAUUCAUACAUGUUGUAAUUGUCUGGGAAAAAUCGAACCGAUCGAUCCAGGUCUAAAUGUUUUGAGGAGUUGGUUAAUAAACAUGUCCUUAUCCUCGAAUCU